AACUAGCCGAAGCAAACUUCGACGAUUCCUCAAGUGGCUACGGAAGCAAACGAAGGCUGCGCCGGAGCAGAACUUGGGUGUGGAGCCAUCAUGGCGGACCAUAUAUCGCAGCUCCGAGCGGAUGGGAUCCAGAAGCGGCUGGUGCAAGAAGGCCGGGGACCGCUGCCUGAUUACCAAGAUGGUACCAAGGCUACCUUCCACUACCGCACACUGCUUUGCAGCCCAGAUCAGCAGGUGUUAGAUGACAGUCGUACACAGGGCAAGCCCAUGGAACUUAUCAUUGGCAAGAAAUUCAAGCUGCCUGUCUGGGAGACUAUCCUGCACACUAUGCGGGAGGGAGAGAUGGCAGAGUUUUUGUGUGACACAAAGCAUGUAGUUUUGUACCCAAUGGUGUCAAAGAGCUUGAGGAACAUUGCAUCUGGGAAAGACCCAUUGGAAGGACAACGCCAUUGCUGUGGUAUUGCUCAGAUGCACGAGCAUCACUCGCUGGGCUACCCAGACCUUGAUGAGCUCCAACAGAAUCCUAAGCCCCUCAUCUUUGCCAUUGAGAUGCUCAAGGUGGAGGGCCCUGGCUCCUACCGGCAGGAUCCUUGGGCCAUGUCAGAUGAGGAGAAGAUGCAGGCUGUGCCCCUCAUCCACCAGGAGGGCAAUGAACUCUACAAGGAAGGCAAGGUGCAGGAGGCCUCCGCCAAGUACUACGAUGCCAUUGCUUGCCUGAAGAACCUGCAGAUGAAGGAGCAGCCAGGAUCUCCAGACUGGAUCCAGCUGGACCAACAGAUCACCCCCUUGUUGCUGAAUUACUGCCAGUGUAAGCUACUGACUGAGGAGUACUAUGAGGUGCUGGAUCACUGCUCUUCUAUUCUCAACAAGUAUGAAGAUAACGUCAAGGCCUACUUCAAGAGAGCCAAGGCGCAUGCAGCAGUGUGGAACGCAGCUGAAGCACAAGCUGACUUUGCCAGGGUGUUGCAGCUGGACCCGUCGCUGGGCCCGGUGGUCACACGGGAGCUGCGCAACCUGGAAACCCGCUUACGUCAGAAAGACGACGAGGACAAGAUCCGCUUCAAAGGCAUCUUCUCCCAGUAGCCACUGGGCCAGUUGCUGCUGCCGCUGCUGCCACCUCCUCCCCAGUUGGGACCUCCCUCCAUGCCCACGGGCAAGGCAUCUCGUCAGUGGACUGUGGCUCCUUGGCAGGGCUGGCGUAUGCCUGCCCUCCACACAGAUUGGGGUGGGUGGGGGGAUUGGCCCUUCCUGUCAACAAAGUGUGUCAUCUCUGUGCAAACAGUUGCCAAAGUAAGUGAGGUGGGGGCAGGGAAGCCUUUCUGUUUGCCCAGGCCAAAGAUGGCCUCUAAGUGUGUUGCCAGAUCUAGUGUGUGCUGUUGCCUGUCCCUCUUCCGCUCUACACAGUGCCUUUCCCUUUGUUGCUCACAGUGAGUGAAGCUUUGCUCCCUGGGCUGACACAAAGUGUGUGGGCCAGAAGAGAUGAGCUUUGGCUUGGCUUUGUGGGCCAAAAUUUCCCUGCCACCCUCCCUCCUCCGCCUGCCACUUAGCAUCCAGAUAGGCAUAUCUCCGCCUGACUGCACAGCCAUUUUUUCCUUUUGCCACAGAGAGUCCCUUCUGCCUCAGAGCUCAGACGCCAGAAAGAGAUGUAGAGAUGGCCAUUUGUUAUGAAGGUGGCACAAAGCUAGUUGGCAUGCCUUUGAUUGCCUUUCUUUUUGCCACUCCCUUUGUGUACAGUAGCCUCAUGGGCGUCUGUGGUUUCUCCACAGGGUUAUAAUUUCUCCACAUGCUGGGUCUCAGGUGGUGUGUUGGUUCCUAGGUUAUGUUGCCCUUUCCUGGCUUGGUCCUGCUCCCUGGCUGUAUGGCUUAUGCCCUGGAAUCCAGAAAACUCCUUUUUAGGGGAAACGGAGGCAGUAUCUAUAUGCAGGUUAUGGAAAGCAAGAGAGAGGGGUAGGCACUUUGUCAGGCAAAAUCUAGCAUUUCUUACCUGAAAAAACCAAACACAAAGUAGAUCACCUUUCCAAGAACAGCUAGUGGUGGCAGUCAUGGCAAACCUUGGCUCACAUGGUUCAAGUGUUCUGUGCUGCCCAGCAAGGCUCUGUGAUGGUUUUAGCCCGUGGAAGAUGGCACUAAAUCCCGUUCCAUGUGGUGUGCAGACCAGGAUCUGCCGAGUGCCAUUUCCUGGAGAAAGGACAGCUGUCAGUACUCUUAGCUAGUUGCCGUGCAAAUUCCAGCUUGGAAAAAGCUGCAGUAGUUCAGGUCCCUCUACCAAAGAGGAUUCUCUUUUUGGCCUCCCUGCCCGGCUUUCGGCCAUUGGUACACAAUCUUUGCAGUGCCUCCAGCAUCACAGGUGGCGGAUGAGUCCGGAAGAGGCACAGGCCUUGGUCCUUCCUCCAGGCUUAGUCUGCACAAAGACUUUCCAGCAAGGUCUUUGCUGGCAACAUGCUCGAGGCCAAGAAAGCACCAUGAGGAGAGUGCCCAGUAAAUGGCAGCUUCUCCAACAGUCAGGUGGUUUCAUUGCUGGCAUUCAUGUCAGCUGUUCUAUCAGAACCAAGCUAGCUCUGAAAGUCUUGUUUUUGGCAGAGCCAGGGGGGUUGGUGGGGUGGAAUAUGCAGUCAUGAGCAGCUUUCCUCCUCCUCUUUCACUCUUUCAGAAACGGGGCCUCAGGUGACUGGGUUUGCGGAAAGGCUUAGGGGGCAAGGAGCAUGUACCCAGCGUUUUCCUCUAUAGGGAAGUUAUCUACAUGCUAAAACAUGCCUCACUCUGUGAGUCUCCCUUCUGGAUGUGGGCCUGUGCAUACCAAAAUGGUGCCUGGACCCCGCAUCGAGGUGCUGGGGGUUUAUGGACCACUGAUCAGAUUAUCGGGAUUGUUACUUGUGAGAGUGCUGCUCACUCCUAUUGCAAGAGGAGGCUCAUUCCGGGCAGUCCCCCUGCAUCCACCAGCUGUCAGAGGUGUUCAUGGACCGUGGUGGUUGGUGGUUGUGGUGGUGUAGGAAAGCUUCACCUCUAGCCACUCGAAUGAUUGCUGGGGCACCUGUUUUGAAUGCUCCGUCUUAGCCACACACUUCUCACCCCACCCCCACCUCUGGUUUGGGCUGUAGUUCAAGUGAAAUUCCCCAGUCCCCUCCCCUGUCUGCCUUCUCCGCCUCCACCAGAGAUAUGCUGGGGCAGCUAUUCCCGCUCAAUCCUGUGCUGUGCUGCUUCUGGAUUUCAUGCUGCUCUGGCUGCAUCUGGUACUGGUCGAGGUGGCCGCCGCCGCCGCCGCUGCUACCAUGUUGUUGAGUUUAGUCUCCCUGCUUCUGCACUGUGCAGCUAGCAGGAGAGGGAACCCUUUCUUGCUGAGACAAAAUGGCUGAGAGGAAUUAAUGGCAGCAGACUGGGGAGUCUGUCUAAUGGGCAGUGGGUGGUAUAGAAAGGUUACCAAGUGUUUGUCAGAAUGUGAAGCUGCUCCAGCUGUUCCCUCCUUUUCCCAACGAGUUGGUCCCAAAGUAGUCUCGGUGUCAUCUUUGGCCAAUAGUGUUAUGGGUUCAGGUUUAAGGGGCCUGUUUUCUUGCACAGUUAAUUGCCAAACAUCAUAAUUGGCUGAAUUUAUGCUGCGAGAGAGACGCUUUUAAAAAACAAGAGCCCCAGUCCUGCCAAAGUUAACCAUUUUUAAGUCACAUUGAUUUCCAAGGAAGUUCACACUUAGCUCUUAUUAAAAUUCAGGAGAGCUGGAAGUUGUGCUCUAGCAGUACAGCAUGAAGUUCAAUCACAUGCAAGUACCCUGCUUGGUUCAACAAAACUGUGGAGCUUCAGACAGCUCGCCCGAUUGACUAUGGCUGUAUAGCUUCUUUGCCAUCUAUUUUAAUGCCCGCCAACUACAGGCCCAGGCCCAUCUUUUCUCUGUGUGUUACACAGCUGUUGGUGAAAGGUGAUACAGCACCUUUGUAUGUGACUAUAUAGCUGAAGUGGGGUACCACAGUAUGGAUCUUCGAUGCUAUUGGCUGUAUCUUCCUUGCAAUCUCUUUUAUAGAACAGGCAUUGGUGUGUGGUUCAGUAGCUAGAGCAUGACAUUUUGGCUACACUGACGGAAAAAUGUAGGAGCAUGAACAAGGAAUUGCAGGCACGAGAAAUGAGCUCUCAGGGCAUGCUUUUACUGGGUCCAAAAAUUCAACUCAGGUGGAUGUACAGAUAACAAAAAAGAUGGAGAGUAUUAGUUACCUUCUCCUUUCAAAUUGUCUGAGUCACCUUUGCCUCCUAAAGUGAUGUACAUAGGAUUUUACUUUUUCAUAACUUCCUAUGUAAAGCAGUUUAUGUUGUGAGGGUAGAGGCCACUGGGCAGUAUGUCAACUCAGAUAGCUCCCCCCCCCAUCUAAACAACUAACAGGCUGUGUGCGGGGGGGGGGCAGUGUGGAUUGAGCAAUCUGCACAGCUGAAUUUCCACUGCAGGGGGCAGGAGGGUUCAAUAGCUCUUAGCACCACCUGCCUGAGCAGCCCAUUGCUGUCGAGAUACGCCCAUCUUGGUAACACAUCCCCUUGUUAGUGAAAUGAUGAGAGACAAUGACUCAAACCUGAAAUUGGAGUCAAAAAGAUAGCAAGAGCAGGCACUUUUUCAUGCUUUUUGUGGCCCUGCAGCUUACAGAACUCAGGGUGCUGACCAUUGAACAUUGCCUCUAGGGAUCAAACAGAGAGCUGAGAAAGAAGGGGUGUAGUAUAGAUUAAUGUGAUGGGCCUAAAUCGAUUACUGUUCUUGCACAGCUUCUAUUCAUUUUAGUGUCUCUUGUACAGCAUACAUUACCAAUGGCUUGUGCCCCAUCUAAAUAACUUAAGUAUACAAUCCAAAACUGUGCUAUAAAGUUUCCUUGUCAUGAUAGGGGCCAAUAUCAUAGCUAUGCUUAAGAUUGUAGCAUACAGAAAUCCAAGAAAAUGCUUUUGCUAGCUUUGUUGUUACAUGUCUAGUAUAUUAUCUACUAUACAGCUGCAAGCUGGGCAUGCAUUCCUGGAUCUGAAACACAUCGGGGACAGGUUUGAAUUGGUUGAUUGUGUGAGACUCAUACCAGCACAUCUGUGAAUUCUCCUUACUGCUAGUGCCACUCAGUGGGAGGACAGCAGCUUUGCUUACUGAGUCACUGGGAGACAAACAUCAGUUCUCAUUUGUAUUUCUAUAUUUCAGGUUCACGUGUAUAGUCAAAAUGUUUUGCUAAUAUAAUUAAAACAAUUCCAAAGUA